AACCCAGCGCCGAGUAAAGUAGCAGACACCACGCGACCAUAGAAUGGACGGAAAAAUACAGAAAAUCUUUUCAACAGCUAAGUUUAAAGUACUAUAGAAAUAUUAAAAUUUAGACACUUAUAUAGACCAAGCCGCUAAACUACUUUAUUUUUGGAAACCUCUUCUCUGUCCUUUACUUAAUCACCGUAUAUUUAUCUAUUCUAAUCACUAGGUAAAUUAUACCAGGCAUUACGGUAAAGUGUAGUAGGUGCGCAUGUUUUCGUGUCGUUACGGUAGUGUUUCAUCUCAACGAGUCUAAUGACGUUCUUCGGCGCUGUCUUUAGUGCGCGCUGAUGGUUAUGGACGCUCGUGUGUAGAGACGACGAAUAUAAUGAAUGUAACAGAGGACAGCACGGAGCAAUGCGGUAAUAGUCUAACCCGAGAGCUCACACAGAAUCCUUUAAAGAAAAUAUGGGUGCCAUCCUCCACAAACGGCCUUCCAGAGAGACACAUUAGUCAAAGAAAGGUAUGCAUGACCAACUGCCCCACACUUAUAGUAACCGUUGGUCUACCAGCCAGAGGAAAGACCUACAUCUCCAAGAAACUGACACGCUACCUCAACUGGAUUGAUGUUCCAACGAAAGAGUUUAACGUUGGACAGUACAGACGUGAAUGUGUGAAGAUCUACAAAUCCUUUGAGUUCUUUCGGCCAGACAAUGAAGAGGGGCUUAAAAUUAGGAAGCAGUGUGCAUUGGCAGCUCUCAAUGAUGUACGGCAGUUCCUCACAGAUGAAGGCGGUCAGGUGGCGGUCUUUGAUGCCACAAACACAACAAGAGAAAGGAGAGAGACGAUCAUCAGAUUUGCAGAGCAGAAUGGUUUCAAGGUUUUCUUCGUGGAAUCAGUGUGUGAAGACCCGGAUGUUAUUGCAGAGAACAUCGUGCAAGUGAAGUUGGGCAGUCCAGACUACACACACUGUAACACAGAAGAGGCCGUUGCAGACUUUAUGAAGAGGAUCAAAUGUUAUGAGAACUCUUAUCAGCCAUUGGAUGAGGAGCUGGACAGGGACCUUUCGUUCAUUAAGAUCAUAGAUGUGGGGCGGCGGUACCUGGUGAACCGGGUUCAGGACCACAUACAGAGCCGAAUUGUUUACUACCUUAUGAAUAUCCACAUCACGCCCCGCUCCAUCUACUUGUGCCGGCAUGGAGAGAGUGACCUGAACAUCAAAGGUCGUAUCGGUGGAGACUCAGGGCUCUCGGCCAGGGGAAAGGAGUUUGCUAAGGCUUUGAGCCAGUUUAUCCAGUCGCAGAAUAUACGGGAUUUGAAGGUGUGGACGAGUCAGAUGAAGAGGACUAUACAGACGGCAGAAGCUCUGGGUGUGCCAUAUGAACAGUGGAAAGCUCUCAAUGAAAUUGAUGCCGGCGUUUGUGAGGAGCUCAUGUAUGAGGAGAUCCAGCAGAGAUAUCCGCAGGAGUUUGCAUUACGUGACCAGGACAAAUAUCGUUAUCGCUAUCCCAAAGGAGAGUCUUAUGAAGACUUGGUUCAACGGCUGGAACCUGUGAUCAUGGAGUUAGAGCGGCAGGAAAACGUUCUAGUCAUCUGUCAUCAGGCCGUCAUGAGAUGCCUGCUGGCCUACUUUCUGGACAAGACUGCAGAGGAAUUGCCUUACCUGAAAUGCACUCUACACACAGUAUUGAAGUUAACACCAAUGGCCUAUGGUUGUAAGGUGGAGUCAGUCUGUUUGAACGUGGAUGCUGUGAAUACGCACCGAGACAGACCAUCGAACGUAGAUGUGUCACGGCUGCCGGAAGAGGCUUUGUUAACAGUGCCAGAUCAUCAUUGACAGUACCUCGUUCCUCUCUUUCUCACACACCAUUAUCCCAUUCCCGUUCCCCUUUCUUAGGAAUGUAGACAUUCAUACAUUCCUAAAUGCUUCUACGGCAUUUUCUGAAAUCAGGGGCAAUUUUUACAGCUCAGUAAAUGCCUUUUGAAUUACAACUCAGAAGUGAAGAACUCUUGAGAUGAUUAUGUACAGAAUUAACUUUAAAAAAAAAUUAAUUCAGUAUGCGUUCUUGUGUUCAUUGACAACGUGUUAAUACUAAAUUGCAAUUUAUCAUGAAUGCGCACUGAUGUUUUUCAGUUCCUGCUGCACAUGAAUGUAACUGCUGCUAUGAAAGAACACCAGUCACUCCAGUAGCAUGUGAUAUUUAUUUAUGGUGCAUAUGUAAAUUAGUUUGGGAUUUGGCUGGUUAAUUUGACAUUAUUGUCUUAAAAGUUAGAAUGUGUGUCAUGUAUAGGUCAAAUUUGAAGCAGAU